CAAUCAUCAUACAAUAGAAUCAUUCAAUCAGAUUUAAAAUGUACGAUUUAAUCAAACUGGCCAAUCCUUGAGUUGAUUUGAGGUCGACUACCAACCAUGAGCCGAACAAUCAGCGACUUAUAACUGAAUCGACUGGUUUUCGGUAUUUAUUUCAUCUUGUUAUUAUGUUUAUCGUUUUUGUUUCGGUGUUUAUGACCUUCUUUGUGGAUUCUUUAGAUGAAUUACCAUAUUUUUAAGGUUUUCAAAUGUUCAGUUGGUUGAUAGACAUAACCAAGGAAUCAUAAUCAACUAUUAACAGUCACCGGCAUGUAUGGUAGACUUGUUACUCAGGAUCAAUUGGUUGCCCUUGCUGCUGCAACUUCAGCCAGCUCUGGACAGUCUGGUAGUGGCUCUUUAAAUUGUAACGAUAUUGUUUCAUCACUUUCCAAUCACUCAUCUAAACUGUUAAAUUUCAAAUUCCGUGAUCCAGCUUCAGCUCCGUUACGUAAAUUAAGUGUGGAUUUGAUUAAAACAUAUAAAAGGAUAAACGAAGUGUAUUAUGCGAAAAAGAAACGACGUGCUCAACAAACCCAAGGCGAAGAUGAUAAUGCAAGUCAUAAAAAGGAAAGAAAAUUACACAAUGAUGGUCAUGAUGAUGAGAACCAUGAUUAUAUUGUUCGACCUGGAGAAAGGUUUUCCGAUCGGUAUGAAAUUGAUUCAUUAAUUAACAAAGGAUCAUUUGGACAAGUAGUCAAAGCCUAUGAUAUCAAAGAACAAUGCCAUGUUGCCAUUAAAAUUAUUAAAAAUAAGAAACCGUUUCUCAAUCAGGCACAAAUUGAGGUUAAACUGUUGGAGAUGAUGAAUAACUUUGAUACAAGUGGGUCAAUCUAUUCUGCCGGUAAAGAGAAGAUUGUUCAGUUGAAAGGUCACUUUAUGUGGCGUAACCAUCUUUGCCUAGUCUUUGAAUUGUUAUCAUACAAUUUGUACGAUCUUCUUCGGAACACAAAUUUCCGUGGUGUAUCCCUAAAUUUAACCCGUAAAUUUGCUCAGCAAAUCUGUACAGCUCUGAUGUUCCUCACCCAUCCUGAAAUAUCAGUCAUUCAUUGUGAUCUAAAACCGGAGAAUAUUCUUCUCUGUAGCCCCAAGCGAAGUGCCAUCAAAAUAGUUGAUUUCGGAAGCUCCUGUCAACUCGGCAACAGAAUUUAUCAAUAUAUUCAAAGCCGAUUUUACCGUUCUCCCGAAGUUCUACUUGGUAUUGGAUACGACAUGGCAAUAGACAUGUGGUCGCUUGGUUGUAUAUUAAUUGAAAUGCAUACCGGUGAACCUCUAUUCAGUGGAGCAAACGAAUUUGACCAGAUAAAUAAAAUCGUGGAGGUACUUGGCAUACCUCCGAAACAUCUUCUCGACCAAACACCUAAAUCAACCAAAUUUUUUGACAAAACUCCAGAUGGGGAGUAUGUACUCAAAGAAACACGAGAGGGUAAACAUCCGGGAGGUAAAAAAUACAUGCCUUCUGGAUCAAGAAAACUUCAUGACAUCCUAGGAGUAGAAACUGGUGGUCCUGGUGGCAGACGUUUAGGUGAACCGGGUCAUUCUGUUUCUGAUUACCUAAAAUUCAAAGAUCUCAUAUUAAGGAUGUUGGAUUACAAUCCUAAGACUCGUAUAACACCACAUCAUGCUCUCCAACAUAGUUUUUUUCGUCGAACCAAUGAUGGAAGCACCAAUACAACCUGUCACAGUAUAAGUCCUCUAGCCGAUCAAUCAUUGUUAAAUGUUUCUACUCAAGCCAGUUCUUGUUUAUCUGGCCAACAACCAUGUAUAAAUGAACCUUUGAUUUAUCAUAAUCAUGCAAACGAGAGUAAAAAACGUCAUCCUCAUCCUCAUCCACACCUUCAGGGACUCGCUUCGCAAUCAUCUUUACCUUCGUCUCAUCAAACACCAACAUCAGGGAAUGUUUCAACUCAACAACCACAACAUCUUCAUCAGGGCCAUCAACCACCAUCUUCAUCACACCUCAACACUCAUACUCAUCACAACCAACAUUUACAUUCUAAUCAAAAUCAGGGUAAUAGUAGUAAUAGCAGUAGUAACCUUAGUAAUAUAAAUAGUAGUAGUAAUAAUAAUAUUAAUAGUAGUAGUAGUAGUAGUAGUAAUAGGCAGAUUGUGAAUGCCCAGCACUAUCAGAAUAGUUACACCGAACCUGGUGGCUCUUAUGGUCACUUGACAUCAUCUACAGCUUCCAAUAAUGCUGCCAAUAAUAUUAACUCUUCAAGUGGACCUUUGAUCGCCAGUGGUGUUGCCACAAGACAAAUAACUUGCUCAUCCGCCAUGGACUGUGAAAGUCCUAUCACAUCCGGGUUAAAUGGACCUCAUCCACCACCUCUCUCUUCUUUCACCUCAUCUCACUCUCACCAUCCUCAAAUACCAAGAAGUGGACCAUCAAAGUCAUCUUGGUCUGCACCAUCUGCAUCAGCAUCGUCAACAUCCUCAGCGGCAACGGCAGCGGCAGCGGCAGCAACAGCAUCAACAUCAGCAUCAGUUGCGUCCAUCAACGCAGCACCCAUUUCACUUUCCUCUCCUACUAAUCAUUAUCAUCAUAGAAAUGCCCGUAAUGGACCACCUUCUGGAGGUUUAAAUGGCUUUUUUUAACGAAUGUUUUUUCUAUUAUGAUCUAUACAUAUAUAUACAUAAAUAUUUAAAAUCCAUUGAUAUUCUUUAAAACAAAACAAAACUAAUAUCCUUUCUUCUUUUACUCUCCUCCUUCCCUUCAGUCGUCACUUCAUCUUUUGUGUGAUGUCCUCUUUUUUGUCCGAAUUUGGAUUCCCUUGUAUCUCAGUUUUUUGACCCAUUUCCAUCUUUGCCGAUUGAUUGUAUCUUUACCCAAAAAGUUUAUCUCUUCCGAUGAAUCUUUUUUUGUAUUAUCUUGCUUUUUUUCUUUAUCUUCCUUCUUUCUCUUUUGAACUGGGAUGAUUUAUCCUCAUAAUGUAUUAUAUCGGGGCACUUUAACAACUCAAUGUGUAGCAUCUAAACAUUCAUUGUUAUCUCCUUAAUAACUCCAGCUCACAAACACAAGCACACCACGCAUCAAACACAACCAUAUCAACUCUUGGUUUGUUUCCAUCGACGAAUCAUUAGCAUUUACUCCUUAGUCCCUCGUUUAUUAGUAUCCUAAUAUUAACGGAGCAAAAAACUGUUUUUUCUUCUGCAUACUUGAGUUGUGAAACUUGAAAUUGAUAAUGAUUCUGGAUAUUUCUCAUGCUUUAAAGGUGUAGAAUAAAUAAAUUAAAAUAUCAAUCUCUUUUAUUCAUCA